AUGUCGAUGCUGCGUGUUGUCCCCCGUGCUGCGUUUGCGCGCGCUGCUGCCCCUGCUGGCCGUCGUUCCCUCUCGUCGGUGACCUCGUGGAAGGCGAACACUGAGGCUGCCAAGGCCUUUACCGAGGCCCGUGAGCACGCCUACGAGCACGCUGCCAAGUCGACCGACCUCUGGCGCAAGAUCAGCCUUUACGCGCUGAUCCCCGGCGCGAUCGUCUUUGGUGUGUACACCUUCAAGAUUGAGGCUGCGCACGCCAAGCACCACGAGCACGUUCUCGAGGAGAACGACGGCGAGCUGCCCGCCCGCCCCGACUACGAGUACCUGAACAUCAAGAACAAGAAAUACCCUUGGGGCCAGCAGACCCUGUUCUACAACCCCAAGGUGAACUACCCUGCUCCGGACAUGUAG